AUCAGUGAGGUGUCAGUAUUUGCUCAACGUGACAGGUUUUUUUGGGUGUGGAUUGCACGGGUUUGUCCCGGGAAAAGUGUGUGCCUCUAACCCCUGUAAAUGUGGUGCUAAGGAGUGGUGAGAUAUCGCGUUGUGGGCAAAUUAAAGCUGACAUUUUCACUGCCUAGAACGAGUAAGCACAGCUAUUACCAAGAUGCCGAAGUCGAUGAACGUGAGGGUGACGACGAUAGACGCGGAGCUGGAAUUCGCGAUCCAGCAAACGACAACGGGGAGACAACUUUUCGAUCAAGUUGUUAAAACGAUCGGUCUAAGGGAGGUUUGGUUCUUCGGACUUCAGUACACAGAUAGCAAAGGAGAUUUGACGUGGAUCAAACUCUACAAAAAGGUGAUGAACCAAGAUGUGAAGAAAGAGAAUCCCUUGCAAUUCAAGUUCCGUGCCAAAUUCUAUCCGGAAGAUGUUGCUGAGGAACUUAUUCAGGACAUCACGCUUCGUCUAUUUUAUCUUCAGGUGAAAAAUUCCAUCUUAACCGAUGAUAUAUACUGUCCGCCGGAAACAUCCGUGCUAUUGGCUUCUUAUGCCGUUCAAGCUCGCCAUGGAGAUUUUCUAAAAAGCUCUCAUAGUACUGGCUUUUUAGCCAACGACCGUUUAUUACCACAACGUGUCAUGGAUCAGCAUAAAAUGAGCAAAGAUGAAUGGGAAGGUUCCGUUACAACAUGGUGGCAGGAACACCGAGGAAUGCUUCGCGAAGAUGCGAUGAUGGAAUAUUUAAAAAUUGCUCAGGAUUUGGAAAUGUAUGGCGUGAACUACUUCGAAAUUCGCAACAAGAAAGGUACCGAACUUUGGCUCGGUGUUGAUGCUCUUGGCCUGAAUAUUUACGAGAAGGAUGACAAACUCACACCAAAAAUUGGUUUCCCAUGGUCAGAGAUUCGUAAUAUCUCCUUCAAUGAUAGAAAGUUUAUCAUUAAACCAAUCGACAAGAAAGCACCAGAUUUUGUCUUCUUCGCACCAAGAGUUAGGAUCAACAAGAGAAUUUUGGCUCUUUGCAUGGGCAACCAUGAAUUAUACAUGCGAAGACGUAAGCCUGAUACCAUCGAUGUCCAACAGAUGAAGGCUCAAGCUCGUGAUGAGAAAAUUGCUAAGCAGCAACAAAGAGAAAAGCUUCAGUUGGAAAUUGCUGCAAGAGAACGUGCUGAAAAGAAGCAGCAAGAGUAUGAGGAGAGGCUCAGAAGUAUGGCUGAAGAGAUGGAGAGACGGCAGGCCGAACUUUCGGAAGCGCAGGAAAUGAUUCGACGUUUAGAGGAACAGCUAAAACAACUUCAAGCUGCUAAAGAAGAGCUCGAAGAUCGUCAGAAGGAAUUGACAGUGAUGAUGGAAAAGCUAGAACGCUCCCAAGAAAUGGAGGCUGCAGAGCGCAUGAAGCUGGAACAGGAGAUUAGAGCAAAGCAAGAAGAAGUUCAACGUAUUCAAUCUGAAGUUGACGUUAAAGAUGCAGAAGCUCGAAGACUUCAAGAAGAAGUAGAGGCAGCCAGAAUUAGGCAAGAGGAGGCAUUCCAAUCAAGUACAACUCCCCAACAUCAUCAUGUUGAAGAGAAUGAAGAAGAGGGCGAGGAAGAGGGAGAAGAUGAAAGCCCACAGGGCGAUGUUACUAAGGACCUUGCUACUGACGAGUCGAUCAUUGAUCCAGUUGAAGAGCGACGUACUCUCGCAGAAAGGAACGAACGGCUGCACGACCAGUUGAAGGCUCUAAAACAGGACUUGGCCCAAUCUCGCGACGAAACAAAGGAAACGGCGAUGGACAAAAUCCAUAGAGAAAACGUACGCCAAGGUCGUGAUAAAUACAAGACGCUUCGUGAGAUUCGUAAAGGCAAUACUAAACGUCGUGUUGAUCAAUUCGAAAACAUGUAAAUUAAACCCAAUCCGUUCUUAAUUACACCCUACUACCUAACCUUAUUAUAAACUUCCAUCCUUAGGAUUUAUAUACUUUAAUUCAUUUACACGGAACAAAAUUUUGGAUUUUAGUAUACAAUAUAAGUUUAAUCGGGUCUAAAAAGCUUACAAAAGUGCCUGUAAAUCCGUUCUAUUGGCCAUUUUGCAUAAGUGAUCAGUUUGUGGUGUAUAGUGUAUAGUGUAUAGUCGCAGUUUUAAACGUAUUACUUAACGGCAUAUUAGGUAAUAAUUUCAUUCGCGUUUACUCAUAAUUCACUUGUUAUUGAAUUCCACUUCUUUAUACCAACUCUUAUAGCUCGAGUUACGUAAUAUUUUUGUUUUAUCUAUUCAUUCAUUCACCGAAGCUUCCUGAUCAACAAUAUUCGCAGUAUGUAUAUAAAAUUGUGUUUUAAAAAACAGGCAUGUCUACCAAUUUUCAUCGUACUUAUUUUUCAAACUCUCACUCUUCCAAAAUGGCCAUGCUUUACAUAUUCACUAAUAAUUUUUUUCCGAAUCUAUGGGUGGCUCAUGUCUAAUCUAUAUGCGAGACCGGUACGUGAAAUAAAUUUCUAUGAAACUGUACAUUUUUAUCGAUUGUCCAUUUUUCAACAAGAAGUGCAGAUUCAUUUUUUCAGAAUUGGAUAGUCAACGAAAUAAGCCUAUAUUUCUUUGCAGUUUCCACUGACGCUGAAAUAUGUCGUUAAGCCUUAUCAACCUCCAUAUGUGUGGCAUUAGUUUCUGUAUCUCAUGUGUGACACUUGACGCCCCACUUACUGUCCAUAUGUCAUACGUUCUGUUUGGAACAAGAUAGCUUGCACCCGUAUUUUCGAUGUUCGUGUUACAAUAUUCGUACUCGUUGAAAUACAUUGGCAUUGGUUGUAGUCCAUUUAGGACAGUUGUUAUGUGUAUACGUUUGGAAAGAAGAAUGAACUGCGGCGCUGAUUUUUGGAUAUGCUGUGGGGGUAGGGGGCUUAAAAAAGCUUAACUUCAAAUUGUCGACCAAGGUUUCCUAUGUGCAUUCGCCGCCGUUUUGAAAAGGGUGUAAAUUUUGUUGUUUUGUGAUAACUCGGUUCUCCGUCAUAAAACAGAAAUUAUGAUUAGAUACUUUUUUGUUGGUUUUUUGACAUUCUCCAAUUUAGGUCAUAUGACUUUUUCACCUACAAUCCAUCGUUAUAGAGAUAUCGAACGAAAAACUGAAAAAUUAAUAACUUAAAAUUGAUGAAGUUGCAAGAAACCUUUGAUUGAAGACAUUUAUAGGGUAAGAAGAAAGCAUUUCACACUCUUUUAGCGGCAAGCUUAGAAAGAAGAUGCGAGGAACAUGAACGUAUGUUACUAUUGCUGUCGGUCAACAUGCAACAACAUCUGUAACAUCGACAUGAUAAGGAUGAUGAUAUGGAUGAGUCUAGUAUCGGCGAAUCAUGAUUCGCUAGAAAUUGAUCAGGACUCGGAAGAACAAGAAUGCGAACCCGAACUAUCGAAGUAAAGAAAAAUCUAAACAUCCAAAACACCCAUUUUUCUUAAAAUUACGCGUCAUGCGAACACAUAUCUUGAAAACAAAUUUUAUACGUGUUAUUGAUCAUUCUAAUGUUGUAGUCAUUUAUAUCGUACAUAUCUAUGAUUGUACUUUAACAAUUUUGUCUUAAACCUUAAAUAUACUACAAGAUUGAUGAUAAACAUUUUUUCGAUAAGUAUCACGAGAAUGGAGAAAAAAAAAAAUCAAUUCUAACUUCUUAGAAGUCAUAUGACCUAAAUUGUAGUGUCAAAAAACCAAAAAAAAAUAUCUAAUCCUAAUUUCCGUAUUAUGACGGAGAACCGAUUUAUUGCGAAACAACAAAAUUCACACCCUUUUCAAAACGGCGGCGAAUGAACAUAGGAAAUCUUGGUCGAUAAUUUGAUGUUAAGCUUUUUUAAGCCCCCCCACAGCAUAUCCAAAAAUAAGCUUUCUCGGUUCAUUUUCCUUUCUAAGCCUUUUUUUUCGUAUGUAAUGACUGUACUAAUUUCCGAAACGUACAUUUUAUAUAUUUUAUAUAAAGAUCAUCCACUAAUUACUUGCAGUGCGAGCGGGUGCAUAGAUGUGCUAUUAUAUUUUUUUCACCAAAGUGCAAUUAUUUCAGAAUAAUUAAUAUCAACGAUGAUUUUCGCUAAAGUCCCAAACAUUAUGUAAUGUCUGAAGUUCUAUAAACAUUAGAACGAACAUUAUUUGUUUGAAUAAAGAAAAGUUUCAUAUUUAUUGAGAAAGAAUACAAUCACCCUGCUCCAUGACAUACAUCAAACAUGAUAUUCGAAAAAAGUAUUUCCACAGAUGCAUUGAGCACAUCAAUGUAUGUCAUUGAGUAGCAUGUCAAACUAUUUGUAGACUAUCCUUCAUACGUAAUUAAUUCAUAAUUUUCUUCGAACAAAGCAGCGUUAUUCGAGAUUAUUUUUAAUAUUGUGCUAACUCAGAAAUGAGAUUAUAUUUCUUUGUGCUCAAUGAUGGCUCUGCAUUGUUUCUCAUCGUAUUGCGAAUCGGAAUGGUGCUAUAUGGUCUUAUUUACGUUCUUUAAUUAAUAAAAUCGAAAGAUUGCUGUGGCCCAUAGAGCUUUUUCAGGUCUACUUGAAGGUAAUAAUGCAUUAUCUUGAAACUGAAUGAAAAUAUUCAAAUCAAAAAUACCUAAUCAAAAUUCACAGAUAUAAUAUUGAGAAUUGUGUUUGGAGACAACCAAUGACAUUGUAUGGUAAUUAUAUUAAGUGAUAUCGGAUAUCAAAAAAUUUCGCAUUAACAUUAAAACCUUCUGCGAACUACUUGUAAGUCAUUUCAGAUUAGUACGAACAGAGUACAAUUACUAUUGAGUAAUUUUUUAUUGAACACUCGUGGCCUUUACUGAUAUACAAAAAUUGAAUAAUACUGCAUGCCAACUUUAAUAUCUCGUGUGACUUUUCUGCUAUGCUAUACAUCCAGAUAAAACUCGUGCACAAAAUAGUGUGCCUGAUUUGUAUUUUUUGAGCGCAUUGCAAAUUUCGCACGGUAUGUGUAAGUAUGAGCUUUCGACUUUUUUGAAAAAAAAACUGUGGCGCAAUUUGGCAUGCCAGAUAAUUGUUAAGCGAGUUUUUUUAGAGAGAGGAGGGAAAACACCAACUUGUAAGAUUUGCAACUUGAAUUAUUCUCUGAAAACUGGCGAUGCCUGUCCAUAUAAACAUUGGACUGGAUAUUCUUAAUGUAAGACACUAAGAAUCUGAUGAACAUUCGCUAUGUAAUAUUAUCGCUAACGCCCUCACUACCGCUAUUACUAUUAUUAGUAUCAUCAUUACUAUACCACACAAUAACAAUAACCAGCACCGACACCACCACUAUCGCUACAAACAAUAAGGAAUAAUUAAAUAAUUAUAGAUAUUUUUGGAUUAUAUUUAUUAGUAAUACUUACAAUUUAGUAUUGUUAUUAUCAUUAUUAUUAUCAUUAUUACUAUUAUUAUUAUUAUUAUUGACAUUAUUAGUAUUAGUAUUAUGAGAUCAUGUUAGAAUUCUACUGAAGCAAAGCAUUUUAUAGUUGUCUAUUUCUAUUUGUAAUGAGAAGCGAGAUAUGGUAUAUCAGAUAAUUUAUGCAACAUUAUGUGUAAAAAGAAACGAAGCAAAUUAUUAUUAUUAUUAUCUUUAAUGUUAUUAAUAUUAUUAUUAUAUUACUACUACUAUUAUUAUCUAUCAUUUUCAUCAUACACAAUUGCUUCAAUUUCCAUCUAUGGUGUAAAAUUUGGUAGCAACAUCGAUGAGACAUUCCGAAGAAUUGACGCGAGAUCGUCUAUCACUAAAUUAAUAAAUGACAUUGGAGUGACAUGUUCUACUCUUAGUGAAAGCUAUUUUUGUCAUUAAAUAUUGCCGAGAAAAUUCAUUCAAAAUUUACAAGGGGAACUUACCGGCGAUGCUAUUGCCGUCAGUUCCUCCACUGAUGCGUGUUGAUGUCUUCUAGUAAAAACGCAGUUGAAGUUAAACAUUUUCAUUUAGAUAUACUCAAAAACAACUUUCCAGUGAAAAUGAUUUUUUUAUCAUAAAAUUUGUUUUUCAAUAACUUUUUAUGGUAACUGGACAAAUGGAAAAUCUACAAAACAAUUAAAAUUGUUGAAUCACUCAAUCAAAAAUGUACUACGCCGAAUCUAAAAAUAUUUUGAUACCUCUAUGAGCUUAUAACAAACUAAAUUCCUCAUUUCUACGAAAGAUUCGAAUUCUUUUUUCUGAAAUAUUUAAUGUGUUCCAUUUAGCCUAUUUCGGGAGAAAGGUAGAAGUUGAAAAAACUCCUUUACCUUUUUUAUAUUGUUAUUAACAUUUAAACCACAGCCAAUUGAUGAAACAACCGUUAGUGAUGAUCCACCUAUCACUGCAACAAUCCAUACGGCUAAGUUGAAAUAUCAAUACAAAUAUUUGGAUAUUCAGUCAUUAUUAUUUCUUAAUGAAUUACGUUCAUCCUUGUUGUAAUAAAUAUACAUAUGCAUAUUGCAAGGCACUAGGAUAACUUGAAAUCAUUUAUUCUUUAUAACUGAAAAUCGAUCAUAAAUAGCAUAGUGCAACAUGCGUGCAUUUUGCAGACGUCCACUAUCGCAGUUAUUUUGUAUAGAAAAAAAAAAAAUUAUUAAUAACUAAACGGUUCAUUUGCUAAUUUUUCUGUACUAGAAGGUUUCCAGCAGUAUUAUAAUAUGAAAACGAGAAAUUUGGUGUAAAUCAUUGAUAUACUUUCUAUUGAAAAGUACAAUGUUAACUUUGUUGGUGCAAGGAUAUAUGGAAACUAUUGUACUUGCUACGAAAACUAGAGAUUGUUUAAUUAAAAAUCGUAUCUUAUAAAAAAAGAA